AUGUCAGCUGGAAACCGUCGACGGGGUACCAAAGAGACUCUACCGAGCUACGUUGUAGCGGACGAAGAGGAGAUAGGGUACCAGACGCCUGUGAAGCGAAGUUGGCGCGAGAACCUGAAUGCAGAAGUUAUGCGUGAAAUCGCGUUUGUAGUGUUUGGUCUACUCAUUUUGAUGUGGCUAUUUCUUGGCGGAUCGUCGUCGUCAGAAAGUAAUGCCAGUUGGGCAGGUCGACCUCUUGUUUACACGCAAAGUGAGUUCAUAAUACCGUCGAUUCCCGGCGUCGCUCACCAGGGCAUAAAGAAGGCUCCUGGCGAUAUGAACGAGGUCCAGUCUCAGGGCGACACUCGCAAUUCUCAGGCACUUGGGAAUCUACCUGUUUAUGUUUAUUCUGGGUCCAAAAGCCCCAAAGUUGUUAUUGUUACCGUCAUCGACGACGCACGAUAUCCGAAUGAGUACACGGCCAAGAUCCUCGAAAAUCGGCUGGAAUAUGCCCGGGCACACGAUUAUGGUGUUUUCGUCCGGUUUACAAAAGAUUUCUUGCCCAUCUACAAAGAGUCCAAUGGUCGAUCUCCCACUUGGGCCCAAGUUGGCAUAUCGCGCGAAGCCCUGGAGGCAUUCCCAAAUGCAAAGCAUUUCUGGUACUUGGACCAGACAGCAAUCAUUAUGAAUCCUCUUGUUGAUAUCGAAAAAGAGUUUUUGGACCCGGCACAUUUGGAGUCCAAGACACUGGUGAAUGCUCGCGUUGUCCGGGACUCUGAUGUUAUCAAGGUGCUCAAGAACGAUCCGAAAUCCGUCGAUCUCAUCAUUACUCGUGAUGAUAUUGGUCUUUCGACUCUUUCUUAUAUUUUCAGCAACAAUUACCAUGUCAAAGCCAUGUUCGAAACUUGGCUCGAGCCCCUUUACCGGCAGUAUCAGCAUUUCAGAAAUUCCGAGGACGCUCUACUCCAUAUGUUGCAAUGGCAUACGAUUUACAUUUCGCACACUGCAGUUGUGUCGACAAAACUGCUGGCCUCUCAGGCUGAGCCUGCUGAUGGACCUUUCCGCGAUGAGUUGGCGUACACUGAUGGGGAUUUCACUGCAGUCUUCAACUGCGACUAUAACACUGAAGCGUGCAAGCAGCUAUUCCAACGUCUCUGGAAAGGGAGGGGCCGAAUUAGAUCAAAGUCUGACCGAAACUAG